ACUUGACUUUCUGAUAUGUAUAAUUUGGUUUACAGGGAUCGUGUAUCAGCAUUAUGGGCCACAGUGAGGGAUCAUUUGUCAAACAUUCUUGUCAAUGCAACUCAUCACAGUUCAAUUGUGGAGAGAUCUGUUGUUGGCUUGCUAAGGCUGGCAAUUCGUCUCUUGCAUAAAGAAGAAGUAUCCAGUCAAGUUCUUUUAACCCUUCGUAUCUUAUUGUUAAUGAAGCAUGAUGUUCUGCAAGAUUGUGGGAGGCAAAUUUCUUUCGGACUUCACGAACUGAUCCGGACUAACGCGUCUAGUAUAACAUGCUCUCGAGACUGGGUCACAGUUUUUGCUUUGCUGGAGUGUGUAGGUGCUGCUGCUUCACUGCCAACUGUUACUUCAAGUAAUGUGGCCAUGUCCACGGCAUCAUCCGAUGUGGGAAGUGAUUUGACAUCGAGAGAUUACGAACUUGCGGACGGAAUAUCAAACUCAGAAAGUGAAGGCGGCUCAUUUACAAGUAUUGAAGCGGAUUCAGGUUUGAGUGGAAGUGUUUUAGGAGACACGUGGUUGGUGAUUACAAAACAGGACUCAGAAAGCUCUCCUGCGAACCAGUAUGAAUUAACAGUGGGUGCAAAAUUAAACAAGCAUGAUAGUAAAUCGUUUGUGAAAUCGUGUCAGAGCUUGGCCUUUUUGAUCCGCGACAACGCUCAUGUCACAAAGGAAAAUUACCUGCAUUGCGUUCACGCUCUUCGCUUAUUCUCAGAGGCUAGUCUAAAUGGAGGAGCUGGAUAUCGCCAAGAUGGCUGGCAACUCAAAGAGAGCACAGCUGAUUACAAAGGAAGUUGGGGGCGCUCUAGCAAAAAGACAUCUUCGUCAUCUUCACGCUCAAAGAAAGUGAGUCCAACAGGUUUGAAGACACGUAAAUCUACCAAGUCGGCCACCAGUAGUCCAGCCACGAGUGAGGAUGAAGCUGAGAUCGUGGAGACUAUCAACAAUACUUAUGAUGCCAUGUCUCUCCAGCUCCUUGAGCUCAUGUACACUCUUCACACUCAUGGAAGAGGAAUUUUUGAUAAAUUCCCAGGUAUGGCUGAUGGUAGCCCUGAUGUACCAGUUCACGACCAGAGCUUGGACUUUCUGUGGACUAAGUGCUGGUGUCCCUUGCUGCAAGGAAUUGCACGCCUUUGUUGUGAUGUGCGCAGGGAUGUGAGAAUGUCUGCUCUUACUUAUCUUCAGCGGGCGUUACUCGUUCAAGAUCUUCAAAAUCUAUCUGCCAUGGAAUGGGAAGCAUGUUUUAACAAGGUUUUGUUUCCCAUGCUGUCUCAACUAUUAGAAGUCAAUAGCAAUAGUGAUCCAAUGGGUGUCGAAGAAACGCGCAUGAGAGCUGCUACUCUACUCUGCAAGGUGUUCCUACAGCAUUUGACGCCUUUGUUGUCUUUAUCCACUUUUACUGCACUGUGGUUGACAAUCCUGGAAUUUAUGGAUAAGUACAUGCAUGCAGAUAAGAGCGAUCUUCUGUUUGAAGCCAUUCCAGAAUCUCUAAAGAAUAUGUUACUGGUGAUGUCAACAGCAGGGAUAUUCGAUGAAGAGGAAUGUACAUUAACAGCUGGUUCCCAAAGUGAUAACCGCAAAACACCUGCCAGGCCAGAAUCAGACAUACAUAAGUACUCUGCACUAUGGCAGGUCACAUGGGAACGGAUUGACUGCUUCUUACCCAACCUCCGCCAGGAACUUUUUACACCUCGCAGUCAAUUACCCGUUAGCAACAUCCCUAAAGUGAAGCCUGAGCAGGAGAAAACAGUUUCGGAGGAAAGCAAUCGCGCUAUGGAGUUGCCUAGUAACGUUGAUAAAAUGGAUAACCAAGACAAUCCAGACGGUGAGCGAAGCUUGCCUUCCAACCAGAAAAGCAGCAACAGCAGCAUCUCUUCUCCUCCCGGUGGUGGACAGCAGCAAGUUUGUGUGGUUUUACAGCCACCUCUACCUUCAUUAACAAACCGGAGCACCUCUCCAACACACUUGGGCUCCUUAGCAGACAACGUACGCCCCAGUUCAGUGCCCAUUAUUCUGGCUCCCAGUCCAGCACUUUCACCAGCAGCCCUUUCCUCGCCUCAAGGGUCUCGAUCCCCGACACCUACGGAUCCAGGCCCUAAGCAGCUAGAAAUGUCAGAGGAAGUUCCAAGGGAAGAUUUGAAGGCUGACCAAUCAAAUGGCGAGUCAGGAAAAUCUGAUGCACCUUCACCAGAGAGAAUGAAAGCUUCGAUAUAUGACAUCUAGGUUUACUUAGUACGGUUUUGAGGACUACUGUGUGUUCCAAUCGCCUAUAAUUUUAUUGUAAAUUAUUUACUGUACCGGUUAAUUGAAAACGGAGGUUAGAGUUAUCUUAAAUGUUUAGAAUCGGAUUCUACCAGUCAGAACAUGUAAUACGCAUCCCUCCACGUUGUAACAGCCACUGAUCAGAGAAUUUGUGAACUGGUGACAACUUUAUUGGCAAAGGAUUCAAAUCGUUCCAUAACGGGUCAAAGGUCCCUUAGUCGUGGAAUGACAACGACUUAACCCUUUUUUCUCCCAUAAGUGACUCAAGUAGAAUUUCUUCUCACAAUAUCAACACAAUAUCAAUCAGACAAGUGAUGAAAUGAAUGAAAAUAAAGAAAAAUAUCACUUAAGGGAUUAUUAGUUAAUCCAGUACUGAAUUCUCUGAACUAUCAUCAUUAGAAUUGUAUGGCAGACAGAAAGUGAAAGGGCUAAAAGCGUGUAGGGCUAAAAGCGUGUAGGGCUAUUGAAGAGACCAUCUAGUUAAAUCCUUCAUGCAUAAUUUGAUCAAAAUUUUUCUUUAUUUCCCUCACUCGCACUUAUACAGUCGGUUACGAAUCAGGACGUGUGGAAUUGCUGACCAGCUGCGAGUGGUACUAAAAGCCCCCAUCAUUUCAAUUCUAACAACGAAAACAAAAUUCACCUAUUUUUCGGCAACAUCCACCUACCAAGAGCCAACAGUUUUCCCAGCUUGAAAAAUAAUUGAAAAUAUGAGAUAUCUGUUGUGAGGGUGCGAUGUUUUACGCUAGUUUUAGGGACGAUUGUUUGCCAAUAGGUUUUGUAAUAACUUUGGAAAGGUGACCUUCAGCAUGAGUAAUGAGGCGAAAAGUUU